AUGGCGUUUCGCGACGAUAAGAAUGCCAAUAUUGGCCCCGAUAUCGAGCGGCGUUGCUAUUCAAACUCCUGUCUGGAGGGCAAGAAGAUCAAGCGCGAUCUCAAAUCGCGACAUAUCAACAUGAUAGCCAUUGCGGGUAUGAUCGGAACUGGUCUCUUCCUGAGCUCUGGCCAGGUUAUUGCGAUUGCUGGCCCAGCUGGCGCGUUGUUAGCCUAUAUUUUUAUGGGGUUUAUCACUGCUGGUGUUUCCUAUACGACUGGUGAAAUCUCGGCUUUUAUGCCUUGCAGUGGAGGCUUCGUUCGACAUGCAACGAGGUUUGUUGAACCUGCACUUGGUGCAGCCACUGGUUGGAACUUUUGGUAUACUAUGGCUAUCUCGGCACCCGCAGAGAUUACAGCUGCUGCUACUGUGGUUCAAUUCUGGAAUCCUUCCGUCAAUCCUGCAGUCUGGAUCACUGUAUUUGGUCUCUGUAUUGCGGCUCUCAACUUCUGUGGCGUCCGUCUCUACGGAGAGUCCGAGGUAAUUUUCGCGUCACUCAAAAUUAUGCUCAUCAUCGGUCUGAUUAUUGGGGGCAUUGUCAUCGACCUCGGCGGUACGCCUGGCCAGGAGCGUCUUGGUUUCCACUACUGGAAGACCCCAGGUGCGUUCAAUGAAUACAUUGACACAGGCUCUACAGGCAGGUUUCUUGCGUUCUGGAAAGUUCUCUUGACCUCAGCAUUCAGCUUCGGAAACAUCCAGGUUGUGGCCAUCGCAGGUGCCGAGACUCAGAACCCACGCAAGAUAAUCCCGGACGCUACUCGCAAGACAUUCCUACGGGUCUUCGUGUUUUACGUUCUCAGUAUCUUCAUCGUUGGGCUCAUUGUCCCAUACAACGACCCCGAGCUCGUCAUAUCCACAGGAACAGCAAAGCAAUCACCAUUCGUGAUUGCCUUCGUGCGAUCUGGCGUCUCGGUUGUUCCGCACAUCAUUAACGCAGUGGUCUGCACCUCUGCCAUUAGUAGCAGCUUGAGUUGUAUCUUUAUUGCAUCGCGGACAUUGUACGGCCUCAGCGAAGACGGACAUGCGCCAAUGUUUUUCCAACGAUGUAACAGAUUUGGAACACCGUACUUCGCUGUUGGUCUCACUGUCCUUCUCUUGCCUCUCAUGUACAUGAGCGCUGAGAGCAACUCAUCCACAGUAUUCUAUUGGUUUGUGAAUAUUACUACCGUCGCGGGUUUGAUUGGGUGGAUUGUUAUUGAGGCAACCUAUUUACGUUUCUAUGCUUGCUUAAAAAAGCAGGGGUAUUCGAGGGAUGAACUCCCAUACCACACGCGGUUCCAGCCGUAUACGGCGUGGGCGACUGGGCUAAUGGUAAUCAUGGUUGUGAUCACUUCAGGGUUUCAAGUCUUCACUACAGGCAACUUCACCACAUCUGUGUUCCUGACUUCCUAUCUCAAUAUUGCUAUUUUUGCCGUACUAUACAUCUUCUUCAAAUUCUACCUGAAGUCCAAGGUUGUCCCUCUAGAUCAGAUUGACAUACGAAGCGACAUCGAGGAGAUCAAAGAGGAGAAAGCACAAGGGGUGUAUUUGACUGAAAAGCAACUAGACUGGCCCUGGUGGAGACGCCUGCUUCACUGGAUUUAG